CCGGCGCGCGCGGUGAGGGAGAGCUGGGAUUAGGGCCGCGGCGGGAGCCCGAGUCGGCGUCACUCGAGUGCGCAGGCGCCUGGCGGUUACCGGUCUCGCCAUGGAGCGGAAAGUGCUCGCGCUCCAGGCCCGAAAGAAAAGGACCAAGGCCAAGAAGGACAAAGCCCAAAGGAAGCCUGAAACCCAGCACCGAGGCUCUGCACCCCACUCCGAGAGCGACAUCCCCGAGCAGGAGGAGGAGAUUCUGGGGUCUGAUGAUGAUGAACAGGAAGACCCUAACGACUACUGUAAAGGAGGUUAUCAUCUUGUGAAAAUUGGAGACCUAUUUAACGGGCGAUACCAUGUGAUUCGAAAAUUGGGCUGGGGACACUUUUCCACAGUAUGGUUAUCAUGGGAUAUUCAGGGAAAGAAGUUUGUAGCAAUGAAGGUAGUUAAAAGUGCCGAACAUUACACAGAGACAGCACUGGAUGAGAUCCGGCUGCUGAAAUCGGUUCGCAAUUCAGACCCGAAUGAUCCAAACGGAGAAAUGGUCGUUCAACUACUAGAUGACUUUAAAAUAUCAGGCGUUAAUGGAACACAUAUCUGCAUGGUGUUUGAAGUUUUGGGACAUCAUCUACUCAAGUGGAUCAUCAAGUCCAACUAUCAGGGGCUUCCGCUGCCUUGUGUCAAAAAAAUUAUUCAGCAAGUGCUCCAGGGUCUGGAUUACUUACACACCAAGUGCCGGAUCAUCCACACUGACAUCAAGCCGGAAAACAUCCUGUUGUCCGUGAACGAGCAGUACAUUCGGAGGCUGGCUGCAGAGGCCACAGAGUGGCAACGGUCUGGAGCUCCCCCACCAUCGGGGUCUGCAGUCAGCACUGCUCCACAGCCUAAGCCAGCUGACAAAAUGUCAAAGAAUAAGAAGAAGAAAUUGAAGAAGAAGCAGAAGCGCCAGGCAGAAUUACUAGAGAAGCGAAUGCAGGAAAUUGAGGAAAUGGAGAAAGAGUCGGGCCCUGGGCAAAAAAGACCUAACAAGCAAGAAGAAUCAGAGAGUCCUGUUGAAAGACCCUUGACAGAGAACCCACCUAAUAAAAUGACCCAAGAGAAACUUGAAGAGUCGAGUUCCAUUGGCCAGGAUCAGCAUGGUGGAGAGGGUGGUGCGCCAGAAAUUAAUUGCAAUGGAGUGAUUGGAAUCGUUAAUUACCCUGCAAACAGUAACAAUGAAACCUUGAGGCUUAAAGAGGACCUACAUAAUGCUAAUGACUGUGAUGGCCACACUCUGAAGCAGGAGCCUAGCUUCCUAAGUUCUCCAAAUGGAGACAGUAGUCCGUCUCCAGAAACAGACUCAUGCACACCUUCGGGCUCUGAGGUGCCCGAGACCAUGGUGUGCCAGUCCUCUGUAGAGCAGUCACUCACCCAACAGGACAUCACCCACCUGCAAGAGAGCAUUCGGGCAGAUACGCCUUCUGGGGAUGAGCAGGAGCGGGAACACAAUGGAACGCUGGACAGCAAAGGAAAAUUCUCUGCUGGAAAUUUUCUUAUUAAUCCCCUGGAGCCAAAAAAUGCAGAAAAGCUCAAAGUGAAGAUUGCUGAUCUUGGGAAUGCCUGCUGGGUGCACAAGCAUUUCACCGAAGACAUCCAGACCCGGCAGUACCGGUCUUUGGAGGUCCUGAUAGGAUCUGGCUACAAUACCCCUGCUGACAUCUGGAGCACAGCAUGCAUGGCCUUUGAACUAGCCACAGGGGACUAUCUGUUUGAGCCUCAUUCGGGGGAGGAUUACACGCGAGAUGAAGACCACAUCGCCCUGAUCAUAGAGCUCCUGGGGAAGGUGCCUCGCAAGCUCAUUGUAGCAGGGAAAUACUCCAAGGAAUUUUUCACCAAAAAAGGUGACCUGAAACACAUCACCAAGUUGAAGCCUUGGGGUCUUCUGGAGGUUCUGGUGGAGAAGUAUGAGUGGCCUCAGGAGGAGGCUGCUGGCUUCACAGAUUUCCUGCUGCCCAUGUUGGAGCUCAUGCCUGAGAAGAGAGCCACUGCCGCUGAGUGUCUCCGGCAUCCUUGGCUGAACUCCUAAGCCAGCCCUGCCCGCCCGCCACUGCAGCAGGCUCAUCAGACUGACCCUCCCUCCGGCCCUCCCCUCUGAGGCUUCCCUCUCUUUUUUCCAGGGCAAAGCUCUUUCUUUCAAGGGUUUCUAUUUUUUUUAAUCCAACAUGUUCAUUUGGGUUUGCUUCCUUGAUCCUGUGGGAAUCCCACAGCCAUUGGGCAUCCUAGGUGAAUUUGGCCUUGGUUGGGCUCUGCCAAAGACUAAAAGUGUGAACAGCCUCACCCUCUGCCCGCCAUUCUCAUUGUCGUCCGUGCCCUUUCUCAGAAGAGCCGUGAAGAUCUGAGCCCACCCUUCUUAUCCACUGACUCUUAAGAGACAUUUUCUAGUGCAUAUCCCGCUGCCAGCACCAGGUUGAGGAGGGGAGGGUGUGGGUUCUGUGAACAGCAUAGACAUUAAAUGCGCUGUAUCCAGGCUGCAUCAUCUUCCUGGAUUCUUUGUGUUUUCUAUGUUCACAUUUUUUUCCUGCGACUUUUACGCUACGUUUUUCGGUGAGCAACCAGUUUGGGUGCCAUUUUAUCACUGUUCAAGCGCUGUUCGAGCCCCUCAUCUUCUCACAACCAAGUUCCUGGAAUCUUGAGUCUGAUUUUUAAUGUAAACGAAACAGAACCAGUGAAUUACAGUUCCUGGGAGCCUCAGGUGUUGUGAAGUCGUCCUUUCUGUGUCCUGUGUUGCCCUAAGAACCCUCUCUUGAGUCCGAUCCUCCCACUUGGGGCCCUCCUCAGCUUGAGUGGACGUGGACUGUCUUGUAACGAGCUUUGGGGUGAUCCAGACAGGAGAUGUGGGUUUCAGGGCUGUCUGUCCGGUUCAGGGAGUGUCCCCACAUUCCAAGUCCUUCCCAGAUGGCUCUCUGCUUCCACCCCCAGCCCGCCAGCCCGCCCGCCUGCCUGCCCGCCCGCCUGCCUUGCCUAGAGUUCUGGCCUUGACUCAGUUUCUCCAUGUGGCUUUGCUGUUCUCACUUCUCAGAGGCUCGGGGUCUUUGAGACCCUGGAUGAGGAACCAAGGGAGGAGAGGAUGGCACUUUUCUCAUUCUUCCCGUUGGUUUUGACAUUAGUCACCCUAUGCUGCUAUUUCCUUGUAUAAUGUAAGUUUUUUUUUUAACAUCAAUUUUGAGAUGAUUGAAAUGUACUUGAGGCUUUUUCUUAAUGCAAAAAGGCUUUGUGAACUUUGUUUUAGGCCCGGCCCCUUAUAGACUUGAUUACCUAAAUCUUACAUGUUCCUGGGGUGAAGCCCACAUCAGAAGAAAGGCGGGAUUGGGGUCACGUGACAGCUGCUUGCAAAUUUUAGCAGGGACCAAGUGGGUCUUGAUUACAGCACUCUGGAAACAGCUCAGUCUCUAACUUGGAGAAAGCCAAGGAAUUGCAAGCCAAGGCUUUCCUGAGCAAGCUGAAUGAAACCCACCACUGCCUCCUUCCUGUGUGGAAGACUCGAGAGUCACCCUCGUGAUUGGCUCACCAGCAAGCAGCUGCCUGUAACUCACCAACUUCACCUGAGGAACUGGCCAGCCAUUCAUUGGCUCUGGAUUGGUUGUUUGGAAGCAGACAUGUUCCUGUAGAGAGUUUUAGGUCAGGCUAUCUGUGUACCUACCAAGAACAGAGAGCAGAUGACAUCACACAACGGCAGGGAAAUCCUACAGCAGUUGCAAUCCACUCGGGGUUGUCAACUGUGCUGACAUCUAAAGCAAUAGCAGACCUGAAACUGCGUCUCAGCAAAUCUCAGUUGUGGGAUUAUAGGAAUCCUAGUGACAUUAAGGUGACCUAACCAAGAAACACAAGCCAACAGCAGGCCUGUUUUAAUCAUUGACUCCAUGGGAAAUUUUAAUGGGGGGAGACCCUGGAACUUCAUUCCGGAAAUAAGUCCCACCAAAUAAGGGCUUUCCCCCUGCUGCUUAAGUGAGGAGCAGAGAACCUGGGUGAGGGGAAGGAGGCAGGGGCAGAAGCUGCCCUCCCGUGGCUCCUGAGCUAGGCUGAGCAGCAGAUGCCAUGGAGGCCAGGUCUGCUGCAGGACUGCUGUUGGCUCCUGGGUACAGGUACAGUCCUGCUGUGUUUUAUAUUCUUUCUACUGAGUGCGAUGUUUGUCCUCACAAGCCGAUCAAUAAACAGAGUCUUUAAUAACA